AGAAUGAGGUCCUUUCGAAACGACAAACAAGUUUGAUCAAAAAAAUUCAAAACCUUAAUUUUUAAGACGCCCAAAAACCAAACGACCAAAGCGACUCCUCAUUUCCUUCUCCACUUGAACUUCCCUCCUCUCUCUCUCUCUCUCUCUAUGUCCGAUGGCACCACCGAAACUCCUCCUCUUGGCGGUGGCGCUGCUAACGUGCGCUGGGUGCGCAUUCCCAGCCAAGCACUGUCCCAACUGCGGCACCACAGCUGUCCCUUAUCCCCUGAGCACCGACACAACCUGCGGCGACCAGUCGUACAAGAUCCGGUGCGACUCCGGUUCGCAGCUGGUAUUCGAUUCCCUCAACAAUUCCUACCCGAUCACCUCCGUCUCUCCCUCAUCCCAGCGCUUCGUGAUCCAACCGGCGAGCCUCCUAUCCAACGUCUGCGUCACGUCGGAUAUGGUCCACCAGGGCAUCCAGCUCAAUGACUCUCUCCCUUUCAACGUUACCAGCAGCAACACCAUCAUCUACCUCAACUGUACCGACUCCAUCCUCCGCUCCCCUCUCAACUGCUCCUCCUCCAGCCUCUGCCACACCUACCUCAACCGCUCCGACGAGGCUCCUGCCUGUGACGCCUCCCCCAUCUGCUGCACUUUCAGAGCCGGCGGCUCCUCCACCUCCUACAUGAUCCGCGUCAGGGAAUCGGGUUGCAGCGCUUAUACCAGCUUCGUGAAUUUGGAUCCCAACCUCCCGGUGGAUCGGUGGCCCGAAUCCGGUGUGGAGAUCCAGUGGGUUUCUCCGCGCGAGCCGCUUUGUGGGACCCAGUCGGACUGUGACGAGGACGGCGGCGGAGGGAAAUCCACUUGUGGACCCGACCCGGUUGUCAAUGGUGUCCGGCGGUGUUUUUGCAACGCUGGGCUCGUGUGGGACCCGAUUGGAGGGUCCUGUGUGGAAAAUGUUACGUGUCAAGACCCUGGAGGUUGCGAUUCAUCAAACAAGACAGCACUCAUAGCAGGUCUAGUCUCCGGGCUUGGCACAUUACUUAUCGUUGCAACCAUUGCCAUUCUACUCUACAAACGCCACAGACGCAUCAAAGAAGCCCAAGACCGCUUGACCAGAGAGCGUGAACAAAUACUCAACGCCAAUGGUGGAGCUAAAGCUGCAAAGGUCUUCACUGGCAAAGAGAUAAAAAAAGCAACAAACAACUUCUCUAGAGAUCGCAUACUCGGUGCCGGUGGCUAUGGUGAAGUCUACAAAGGCAUUCUUGAAAAUGGAACUGUUGUGGCUGUCAAGAUUGCCAAGCUUGGAAACACCAAAGGCACUGACCAAGUCCUCAACGAGGUCCGAAUUCUCUGCCAAGUUAACCAUCGGAGCCUCGUAGGCCUACUCGGUUGUUGUGUUGAAUUAGAGCAACCCAUCAUGGUCUAUGAGUUCAUUGAAAACGGAAAUCUCUUUGAUCAUCUCCAUGGAAAAAGACUACUUUCCUGGAAAAACCGUCUUCAAGUUGCCUAUGACACUGCAGAAGGUCUUGCAUACCUUCAUUUUUCAGCGGUUCCUCCUAUAUACCACCGAGAUGUGAAGUCUAGUAACAUUCUACUCGACGAGAAGUUGAAUGGAAAGGUUUCGGAUUUCGGGUUAUCUCGGUUGGCUCAUACCGAUUUGAGUCAUAUCUCGACUUGUGCUCAAGGAACUCUUGGAUACCUUGAUCCUGAGUACUACAGAAACUAUCAGUUGACUGAUAAAAGCGAUGUUUAUAGCUUCGGAGUUGUGUUGUUGGAGCUGCUGACAUCUCAGAAAGCAAUAGACUUUACUAGGGAAGAAGAUGAUGUUAACUUGGCAGUUUACGUGCAGAGAAUGGUGGCGGAGGAGAGGCUGAUGGAUGUGAUUGAUCCAAUGCUGAAAGAAGGAGCCAGCAAUUUGGAGCUGGAUACCAUGAAGGCAUUAGGGUUCUUGGCAGUUGGUUGCUUGGAGGAACGCAGACAGAACAGACCUUCCAUGAAAGAAGUCACUGAAGAGAUUGAGUACAUUAUGAGCAUUGCCACAUCAAAGGUUGUAGAAAACUAGCUUAUUGUACUGAGUUUUUCCUAGAGUCAGGAAAUGAGAGGUAUUUUCCAUGUCAUAGAGUUUUUGUUUUGUUUUGGUUUUCUACGUGUGGUUGUAAGUAUAUGGAUGCAUACCUAGGUUCUCACUGUAAAAAUUAAAAUGCAGAUUUUUGUAAAAUCGAUGGUUGCGCAGAUUUAGAUUUA